AUGGGGAUGCGGAGAAGCCUGGAGAAAAGGGGUGGGAAGAGUGUUGAGAUUACUAGCAUUAAAAGUAUUUCCAUUUUCAUUUCAGGGUCUGUUGCAAAAUGUGAAAAUGAAGGGGAAGUCCUCCAAAUUCCAUUUAUCACAGACAACCCUUGCAUUGUGUGUGUGUGCUUGAACAAAGAGGUGACUUGCAAGAGAGAGAAGUGCCCUGUGCUGUCACGGGACUGUGCGCUGGCCAUUAAGCAGAGGGGCGCCUGCUGUGAGAAAUGCAAAGGUUGUACCCAUGAAGGAAGAACCUACAACAGCUCCUUCAGAUGGCAAAGCCCGGGUGAGCCAUGCAUCCUGCGGCAGUGCCAGGAAGGUGUUGUCACAGAGUCUGAGGUGCGCUGUGUUGUUCAUUGUAAAAACCCCUCAGAUCAUCCAGGAGUCUGCUGCCCCACUUGUCCAGGCUGUGUGUUCGAAGGUGUGCAGUACCAAGAAGGAGAAGAAUUUCAUCCGGAAGGAAGCAAAUGCAUCAAAUGUUCCUGUGUUGGAGGCAGGACACAGUGCGUGAGAGAAGUCUGUCCCAUUCUCUCUUGUCCCCAGCACCUUAGUCAUACACCCCCAGGACAGUGCUGCCCCAAAUGUUUGGGUCAGCGGAAAGUAUUUGACCUUCCUUUUGGGAGCUGCUUGUUCCGCAGUGAUGUUUAUGACAAUGGAUCAUCAUUUGUCUAUGAUAACUGCACAGUAUGCACUUGCAAGGACUCUACAAUGGUGUGUAAGAAGAAGUGCUCCCAGCCUGGUGUCUGUGACAAUGAUGGGGAUGCCUGCUGUGAAGAGUGUCUCCUACGAGUGCCCCCAGAUGAUGUCAAAGUAUGCAAGUUUGGUAGCAAGAUUUUCAGGGAUGGAGAGAUGUGGUCCUCAGUCAACUGUAGCAUCUGUGCUUGUGUGAAGGGGAAGACAGAGUGUCGCAAGAAACAAUGCAUUCCUGUCAGCAGCUGCCCACAGGGCAAAAUACUCAACAGAAAAGGAUGCUGUCCUAUUUGCACAGAAAAGCCCGGCGUUUGCACCGUCUUCGGAGAUCCACACUACAACACUUUUGACGGACGGACAUUUAACUUUCAGGGGACAUGUCAGUAUGUUUUGACAAAAGACUGCUCCUCCCCUGCCUCACCCUUUCAGGUGCUGGUGAAGAAUGAUGCACGCCGGACCCGUUCCUUCUCCUGGACCAAGUCUGUGGAGCUGGUGCUGGGUGACAGCACGGUCAGCCUGCAACAGCACCUCACCGUGCGCUGGAAUGGCUCCCGCAUUGCGUUGCCCUGCCACACGCCCCACUUCCACAUCGACCUGGAUGGCUACCUCUUGAAAGUCACUACCAGAGCAGGUUUGGAGAUAUCCUGGGAUGGAGACAGUUUUGUGGAGGUCAUGGCUGCGCCUCAUCUCAAGGGCAAGCUGUGUGGUCUUUGUGGCAACUACAAUGGACAUAAACGUGAUGACUUGAUUGGUGGAGAUGGAAACUUCAAGUUUGAUGUGGAUGACUUUGCUGAGUCAUGGAGGGUGGAAUCCAAUGAAUUCUGCAACAGACCACAGAGAAAACCAGUGCCUGAGCUAUGUCAAGGCACAGUGAAGGUGAAGCUCCGAGCCCAUCGAGAAUGCCAGAAACUCAAGUCCUGGGAGUUUCAGACCUGCCACUCAACAGUGGAUUAUACCACUUUCUACAGGUCCUGUGUGACAGACAUGUGUGAAUGUCCAGUCCAUAAAAACUGUUAUUGUGAGUCAUUUCUGGCAUAUACCCGUGCCUGCCAGAGAGAAGGCAUCAAAGUGCACUGGGAGCCUCAGCAGAACUGUGCAGCUACUCAGUGUAAACAUGGUGCUGUGUAUGAUACAUGUGGUCCGGGAUGUGUGAAGACCUGUGACAACUGGAAUGAGAUUGGCCCAUGCAAUAAGCCAUGCAUCGCGGGUUGCCACUGUCCAGCAAACUUGGUCCUUCAUAAGGGAAGAUGCAUCAAGCCAGUCCUCUGUCCUCAGCGAUGACCUUUGUUCCAGGCAAUAAGACUUUGAAAUCUAGUGUCUUUGACACUGACAUGGAAGAGCCAAUGAAGGACUGUAGUAUUUGUGUGCCUGAUUCUGCAAAUACACAGAGUAUAUAUGUGUGUAUAUAUAUAUAGAUAUAUAGAUAUAUUCAAAACAUUUCAUCAUUUAUAUAAACUAUAGGUGGAUUAUUAUAUGUAUAUUUUUUGCUAUAAGACAUGUAUUAUUUCUAGAAUCCUAAUAUCUAAACCAUUGGUUGCAUCAUAUAAAUAUACAGGUGCUUUUAAUUUAAUAAGGUGGCAUUCAGACCUAUCAGGUGUCUUUAACAUCGCAUACAUGUGACAUUCUAAGGAUGUUUCCUGAAAGCCUUCAUCCUACCUGCAUUAAUUCAAAACUUAAGUCAGGAUCUUUGAGUAGGAUGUUUUUUUGGAGAAGGGCACAUUGUCUAGGGGUAUUUCAUGUUUCCAAAGACUGGAAUGUAUGCCAGAGAAAGAAGGUAUGAGAUUGGGGGUGGGCACUAAUGAGCGCAAACCCAGGGGGAGGCUCUCAGACCUCAUUGGGUCUUAGCUGGAUAUUGUUUCCAAAACUGGAUAGUUGCCAAGAAAUAUGUAUUUUUCACUAGGGUAUUGCCAAAAAAUUCAAUUUAUUUCUUUUUCAUUUUUGCAUAUCCCAUUAGUCUCCUCACAAUUUGUGUGUGUGUGUGUGUGUGUGUGUGUGUGUGUGUGUGUGUAUGGAGGUGGCCCUUUGUAUGUCAUACACUGAAGUCAAAAGGUGUCUGGAUAACAUUGUAUUGAGCAUAAGAAGAUAUUUGGAGGAAUCAUUGCACAAUACAUAAGGAGAUAGUAAUUUCUCUGAAUCUCAGAGCAAAAUUUAGGAUGGGCAAAUUCAUUUAGUAGCUAGAAACAUAGUUAUAGUGACCUUUUGUCACUAUCUCAUCUAUAAAAUGAAAGCCGUUGGCUGUUCUGUAUCACGUCUGUCCAUUGUUGUUUGUGGAUAUUCAUGUGUUACAGGUACUGGGCAGGAAGAAGAGAUUUGCUGGCCACUUGUUGAAGCAUCAUUCCAAAAGAGAAUUGUUUCCACAUUUGCUCUAACUUACUGAUGUUACUAAUAGUCAUUGGUUCUUGUUUUCUGCUGAAUAAGUAAAAAUGUCAAAAAAUAAACAUAAAACCCACCAAACUCACUGAUGUCAAAAAGAAAAAUGUCUGCGUUGUAGUAAAUAAAGGGAUUAAGAUUUAAGCAAAUGCA